AGGACUGUCCGUACUGGUUGCCUCUCUUUGGAAGCAUGUGCUGUCGUUUAAUUGCUCAGCCUGUCUGUAUGAUUCAACCAGUCAUCAGUGGGCAGCUCCAGGUCAAACCUGAAGAGGACUCAGAUGAUUGGGAAGAUUUCGAGUGCGUCCUCAAAGGACAAAAUCUCCUCUGUUAUCAGACUGAAGAGGAGCUGGAGUGUGAGGACAAACCUCUGGUUGUGAUCCCCAUCAGGAAGGAUACCAGAGUCGGUGUGUCUGAGGCUGAGCCGGUCCAUGGCCAACAUAUAUUCAUCAGUACACCUCUUCAAGGAAAUAAUAUCAACUACACAGUUACUUCGUGCAGCACUGACAACAUACAACGCUGGAACAAGACCCUGCAGCAACAUGUCUGCAACCUGAGACACUGGAAACAAUGUUGUGAUCACGUGAUGAAGAUUGAGAUGCCGAGCUCCAAGAAGUCCAACCCACUGAAGCAGGGCUCUCUUUACCAUGAAAUAGUAACACCUUCCCCUGCCAGAGAGAAUCCUGCAGUUCCAGAUUUGUCAGAUGAGAUUCGAUCUUCGCUGUCAUCUUACUACAAAGAAAGCUAAUAAUCAAACGGCUGCAGCUAAAAUGAAGAAAGAGACGAUGUUCUUUGUUUGCCCGUCACUGGAAACUAUCUGGUCAAGAAAACCACAAAAUGUUUUUCUAGAAUCUCAGACUUUCCUGCACGCUGCUUACUGUUUGUUUUCUUUCAUGCAUAAAUCCUGAUCGUAUAAGCAACCAAUGUUAAGACCAGUUUGAAGUGUGAAAUAAAAAUAGAUCCUAAUGCUCUCCUUUCA